UUCCCCUCAAGGCAGUCAAUGUUUCAUGGUGGCCCCCCGUGUUUACAAAUUCGCAGCAUGACUUGAUUUCGUGACUGCUGCUAUAUAACUCCAGGGUACGGCUACGUUGUAAGCAGACUUCUAGUCAUUCGAAGAACAGUGAUUACUUUGCCGAGGAGGCUGGUAAACCUAAUAGAGAAAUCGUGAGGCAGACCAAAUUGUGUCCCGUGGGAGCUGUGAUGAACCCACUCUUCCCCCAGACUGAGACAUCCACACUGCAGGAAGAAGCACUACCCCAAUAACACCAACGUCUGACACAGGCAGACCACCAGGGAGCCAGAGGAAAGAAGAUUUGAGAGGAGGCACAGAGGGAUAUAAGGAAAAAAUAAGAGUUAUUGAGAUAAAGAGAUGUCUGAUCCAGUAGAGAGUGGUGAAAGUGGGGUUGCGGCAGGCGUUGGGCAGAAGGCAGAGGCCGAUAGUGAGCCUCCUCAGUCAACCCCACAUCUUCCACAGGGGUAUAACCUGGAGUUGGGGGUCAAUCUGGAAGAAGAGACCCCUUCAGCGGCUAAACAGCCCAGGCUGUGUGGAGAGGGGCUGAUUCUUGACCCCUAUGAUACAUAUAGAGGACCCAUAGAACAGGCCAGAGGGGGUCAAGAAGUCUUGGCCGUACUGAACCAAGAUGGAGGGGCCACCCAGCCAGGUGAGAUUGAAGGAGGAGCCGAAGAAGGAGCUUAUCAUCAGAAUGGAGACUGGGGUCCUUGUGAGGAUCAUGGCACGACAGAGGGAGGAGAGGAGGAGGAGGAACAGGAGCACAGCGGCCCAGCUGAAACCCCUAGCGAAGGACUAAACCUAGGCCUCGACUUCAGCCAGAACCCUCAGAUGCUGACUGGUUCCUGGGCUGAGUACUCCACCCCCCCUGAGAACUACCUCAAGGGCUGCAAAUGGGCCCCAGACGGCUCGUGCAUCCUGACCAACAGUGCAGACAACGUGCUGCGUGUCUACAACCUCCCCCCUGAGAUCUACAGCUACAACUGGGACCUGCUCACGGAGAUGAGUCCAGUGUUGAAAAUGGCAGAGGGGGAUACCAUCUAUGACUACUGCUGGUAUCCCAAGAUGAGCUCUCUGGAUCCAGACUCCUGCUUUAUAGCCGGCAGCAGUCGUGAUAACCCGGUCCAUAUCUGGGAUGCGUUCAACGGGGACCUGCGUGCCAGCUUCAGACCCUACAACCAUCUGGAUGAGCUGACCGCAGCCCUCUCCCUCUGCUUCUCCCCAGACGGGUCACAGCUCUACUGCGGCUUCGACAAGACUGUCAGGGUGUUUUACACAGACAGGCCUGGACGGGACUGUGAGGAGAGGCCCACUAUAGUGAAGAGUCAGGGUCAGAGUGGCAUCAUAUCCUGCAUGGCGUUCAGCCCGUGCCAGUCUGUGUAUGCCUGUGGCUCGUACUCCCGCACCGCAGGCCUCUACUCCUGCCAGGACGGCUCCCUGCUGGCCCUGCUGCCGCCCAGGCACCACGGGGGCAUCACACACCUCGCCUUCUCACCCGACGGACACUACCUGUACACUGGCGGGCGCAAGGACCCAGAGAUUCUGUGCUGGGAUCUGAGAGACCCGGGCAAGGUUCUGUUCUCUCUGAAGAGGAAAGUGGCCACCAACCAACGCAUCUUCUUUGACCUGGAUCCGUCUGCCCGGUACUUGUUGAGUGGCGAUACAGAGGGGGUGGUGUCAGUGUGGGACACCCUCACAGCUCCCCUCGAUGGCAAUGAGGAGGUACUGCAGCCUCACCUCCAGUUCCAGGCUCAUAGGGACUGCACCAACGGCAUCAGUGUCCACCCCUUCAUGCCGUUGCUGGUGUCAACCAGCGGGCAGCGCCAGUUCCUCGACCCGGGGGACAGUAGCGACGGAGACUCCUCCGACUCGGGUUCAGAGGGUGAUGUUGUAAUACCACCAACCCCAGAGGUCAGACAGGACAACUCCCUGACUCUGUGGUGGGUCGGACCACUCAGCCCAGCCAGCGAGGGGGGGCAGGAGGAACCAGCACCAAUGGUGGUGAUUGAUUGAUUGAUUGAUUGAUUUGAUUGAUUGAUUUGAUUGAUUGAUGGUGGAGUAGCCCAACUCAAACCCCUCUCCUCAGGACUAAACCAAAUGUAACUUCAAACUGCCACUGAGUAAAGUUUACUACAAUA